AAGACGCGAAGAAGAAAAUAUUUCUCUUUUAUGCGGAUGUGUCACUUCGGCUUCAUUUCUUUUUCUCACAGCGACAUUUCUGCACCGUAAGACAAUCCGCGUUAUCUUCUAGUUCUACAUUCAGCUUUUGGAUUAAACAUUUUUUUUCCCCCGGGGCUCGUCAUGUCCGCCCGGAAAAGAAAACUCUCCGGAGAAAGCUGCGAGCAGGACGGCGCGCUGCCCGGCCACAAGCUGCCCCGGCCGGCGGGGAGGAGGCACGUCGCCGCGCUGAUUCUGGCGAGAGGAGGGAGCAAAGGGAUUCCUCUGAAAAACAUCAAAAUGUUGGCGGGAGUUCCGCUCAUUGGAUGGGUGCUGAGAGCCGCUGUGGACUCGGAGAUGUUUGACAGUGUCUGGGUGUCGACGGACCACGAGACAAUCGAGAAGGUGGCGAUAGCUUGGGGUGCCAAAGUGCACCGCAGGAGUCCCGAGGUCUCCAGAGACUCUUCGACAUCCCUGGACACCAUCCAAGAGUUUAUCAGACUCUACCCAGAGGUGGAUAUCGUCUGUAACAUUCAGGCUACGUCCCCCUGUCUCCAUCCGUUCCACCUGAAGGGGGCGCUGGAGCUGAUCACGGAGAAGGGCUUCGACUCGGUCUUCUCCGUGGUCAGGAAGCAUCAUUUCCGCUGGCAGGAAGUGAAGACGGGAUCUGGGGAGCUAACCACACCGUGCAACCUGGACCCGGCAAACCGGCCGCGGCGUCAGGACUGGGACGGAGAGCUGUGUGAGAACGGCUCGUUUUACUUCACCACCAAAGAUCUCAUAGUGUCGGAGGGACGACUGCAGGGCGGUAGGCUGGCGUACUUUGAGAUGCUGCCAGAGUACAGCGUGGACAUAGAUGUGGACAUCGACUGGCCUGUAGCAGAACAAAGAGUCCUCAGGUACGGUUACUUCGGUCGGGACACUCCAGAGAUGGUUAACCUGAUGUUCUGCAAUGUUUCCGGAUGUUUGACAGAAGGACGGAUCUUUCUGUCCGUAUCCGGAGAGGAGAUGGUGUCCAUAAACACCAGAGACACCAUGGGCAUCCGCAUGCUGCAGAAAGAAGACGUUGAGGUGGUGCUGUUGACCUCCAGCGUGGACCCUGUGGCACAUUUGCUGGCUGAAAAACUGACUGAAAGGACGGGCUGCCAGGUGAUGCAGGUGGGCGAGGAGCCGCUGGAUACUCUGAAGCUGUUGGUGGAGCAGAGGAAGCUGGACUGGAAGGACGUUGCGUACAUGGGUAACGAUAAGCCUGACGUGAACUGUCUGAACCUGGCAGGUUUGAGCGCAGUACCCAGGGACGCUCCAGUGGUCGCCAUAAAUGCUGCAAAGUACACCUGCCGAAGUGUCGGGGGAAAAGGAGCAAUGCGGGAGUUUGCUGAACACAUUCUCCUGCAGAAAGAAAAAGCAAGGUCGCUGAUGAAGCGCGACCGCAUCGACCGCAAGAACUUCUAAUUUUUAACGAUUUUCUUUUUUUUUAAAGGAAAUCUGCGUUAAAAGCGAGUUUAGAGCUGGUGAAGUUUUAUUUUGCAAGAUUGAUAGAAUAAUCAAACGGUGCAAGUGUAGAUCUAAAAUAUUAUAAUUUUGAGAUGCAUAUCAAAUUUUAGAAGUAGCGAUUGCAGAUUUAAAUAAUUUCACUUGUUUACAAUCAAGUCUGACAGGAUUCAGGUCUUCCUGUUUGCUUCAAAGUAUGAGAUUUCAAUGCAUGCUUUGAAGUUAUUUCCAAAUAGAAUGAAUUUAGUCAAGCUGUGAAUACCAAAACCGGAAUGAGAAGUUAACAAACAUUGAGUGAUUGUAGCACUUGUGGCUUGAAGCGAAUUCCUCCUUGUCAGCCAAGGUUGACCAUAAAUACACAUAACUUUAACGUAAAUGUAAACAAUGCCACUAAAACAUGAACCAGUGGACUGAAAACUGUCUUCUUUUCUCUUU